GAAGUGAAGCAAGUGGAAUAGUCCUCGUGCCCAAUGUCACCACAGCCAUCAAUGCUGUUGUCCGGAGCAUUCCAUUUAAGAAGGAGGAGAAGAUAUUCUGCCUCAACAUUACAUAUGGUGCUGUCAAGAAGCUUCUAAAAUACACGGCCGAAUCUCUGCACCUUGAAUACCAAGAAGAGAACCUCAAUCUACCUCUUACAUCAAAACAAGAGAUUCUGGACUUGGUCUCCUCCAAACUGAGUCUAAACACCAGGCUAGCAGUAUUUGAUCACAUUCCAAGCAACGCUGCUUUCAUAAUGCCUGUUAAGGAGAUCAUCGACAUCUGUCAUGACAGGGGCGUUCCCGUACUGAUCGAUGGGGCCCAUGCUUUGGGCGCGUUACCGCUCAGUAUGAAGGACUUGAACCCGGACUACUACACGGCCAACGCCCACAAGUGGUUGUGUAACCCCAAGGGAUGCGCCUUUCUCUACGUACGGGAAGAGCUCCGCAGCCGGACGAGACCUCUCGUGGUUUCCCAUGGAUUCGGGAGCGGGUUCAACUCGGAGUUCAUCUGGUCAGGUUUGAGAGAUUACAGUCCUUUCCUGGCUCUUCACACAGUGCUUGAUUUUUGGAAUGCUGUAGGUGUGAACAGGAUACGAAAAGGCAUGCAUGGAUUACUAUCACAGGCAGUUGAUUUACUUGUCAAAGCAUGGGACACUGGACUAUUAGCUCCUAUCAGUAUGUGCGGAUCUAUGGCUCUCGUAGAGUUGCCUAAUGAACUGAGCCGUAACCACACGGUGGAAUACUCUUUAGCAGAAUCUGUACAAAAUGAGUUGUAUUAUCGGUACAAUAUUGAGGUUCCCAUCAAAGCUCUUCAGGACCGACUGUACGUCAGAAUCUCCGCCCACAUCUACAACGAGCUUCCGGAGUACCAAAGACUCGCCUCUGCGAUCCUUGAGAUAGCCAAGUCCAAGGGAGGUCAGCAAGCAAGAGACGCGAUGGUGAGGAAACUUGACGAUGCGGCAAGGUGAUGAUCCUUUAGAGGUCCUCAAGGCCUCUAUCGUGUGCAUUCUGAAUCGGACCAAACCAGCUAUGAGGUAACUGGGCAUUGUAUGGAAGUUCGGGUUUAUGCUACGGUCACAAAGGUUCGUACGAACGAUAAUUUCGUAAGAAUCUCCGUUUUUCCAUUGUCUUCCCGAAUUUCCAUUGUCUGAAAAUCGUUCAUACGGCGUUCGUAGCAGUUCGUAAUGGCAUUUGUGACCGAGGCUUUAUCAACAGUGGUCAUCAGAUUGUUUGAGAUAACAUAUUUUACUAUUUUAAACUUCCCUCCCUUUCUAUCACUCAGACCAUACAUUCUGUGGUGGACUCUGCAAAUAGUGUAAACAAUCAAAUUGAAAAUGGCUGAUUGAUUGAUCUGUAAUUGAAAAACAAGUCAGAAAAAAUCUUGGAACCAGCAGGACUUGAACCUGCCAUCUACUGCUUGCCGGUUGGCGACUCUACCACCAGAUGUUUUGCUACUGUUUUUGAGCUUCCCUCGCCUUCUUUUGCAUGUAGGCUAUACAAGUAUCUGCCCAUUUCGUUGAUGCUCUCUGUGCACGAUGGUUUGAAGAAGGACGUUGAUAAUGACUGAAUUUAAUGUAAACAAAUCACGAUUUGGACCAAACUGAAUGUAAAUUUGAGGUAACAGGAUGUUAUAGGAAAGAUCAGGGAAAUCUAAAAUAAUCUUAGAAAUGCGCAGGAUUACAUUU